AAAAAAUAAGUACUUGAUUUUUAAAAAAAAUCUGACCUUUGACACAAUUUUGACUUUAUAUCGACUGAAGCUUAUAGAAAAGUAAAUAUACCAAAAGGAAGGCUGAAGUCGUUCAAAACCUUAGAGGCAAAAAAGGCGGAGCGAGAGCGUUUUUAACUCAAGUUGCAUUUUCUAGAAAUAUUAAACGUACUCCUGGGCUACGUUCAAACCUUCGGUCCAGAUGCAACAAAUGGCAAUUGUUAAGGACAAAUUUUAAGUUCUUUGGUCCAAAUUGAAACGUCAUCGUCAUGGUCAAAAGUUGCACUAGAGCGUAGGUUUUGAACGCAUUCAUUUCUCUUGGUCUUACUUGUCUAUGAUUGAUUAUUUCUUGUGGUUAUUUUUUCUAGAUGUUGCCACCUUGCAUCCGCCAUGUUGAAUUUUGUUGUGCUUCGAAAACAUUGUGAGCACGUGGAUUGUUGGACUAAUUUUAGCGAAAUUUGGCAGUAAUAUCGUGUAAUCAGUUUUUUGAGUUGUCUUCAUUUGCUCUACUAAAAGUAUAAAGGUCAUUUAUUAGAAAUCAAAGUAAGUACUCUUUCGGACUUUACCGGCAACCAGCAUCCAUACAUUUUGUCCAAAUGGUUCAGCCAGUAGGCACGUAGGUCACGAUGCUAUUAAAGUCGUGUCUAAACAAAUAACUUAUAAACAUAUAAUACUUUUUUAAUAUAUCUUAAAACAUUAUUGAAGUUAUUUCGAUGGGGUUAAAAUUGCGUAACCUUUCAUUUUGUAACCGCCUUUGCUUACGUGUUGGUCGUGAAGGUUUCCACACGCUCGUGACCCUCAAUGUGUUACAUUUAUUUGUCGAAAAUAUGGAAAACACGUGUCUGCUUAUUUUUUUAACUAUUCAUCAAAGUAAUUAUUUCGUAUACGUGUCUACGUAGCGAAGUGAUAGUAAGCGGUGACGGUCGUACAUUCGUGAACAAUGUUUUGCCUCGAGCGGUAUCCGCACUCACUUUUAAUCAGUGAUUUGAAAACGUUGUCUUGAUACACAUGCGUAAAUGAUAUACGUACAGGUUAUUCAGUGAUUAUGAUUAGUAAAUCGUAGAAUUUGAAUUUCAAAUUAUACAUUUCGAUAAAUGCGUGCUGCGAAUAUAACCUAUUUAUAAGCUGAUAAUAAAAUGUAUUCUGUGAUAAAAAGACGUAAAUCUGAUAUAAUGGCAUGGCUAACUAUUAUUAAUAAAAGUGGCUUAUUGCAAUGGCACCUUGUCGUCAAUUACUUAUGUGGUCAGUACCAUCAAUAGCUGUUCUGCUGGGAAUUUUUUGGUUCAGAAAAAAGCGAGAAUAUGCCAAGUCUGACCCUGGAGGAAGAGAAAAGAUAAAGAGCUUGAAAGAAGAAUUGGCUGAAGCUUUAAGUGUUGAAUUUGAGGCUGCAAAGUGUUCCCCACUUUGCAAAGCAGAGCGUUCAGUCAUAAAAUCAGCACCAAUUGACAUUAUUCCUAACGGAGGCGGAUCACUUAAGUCAUCACCCUUGCAUUUGACUGAUGAAGAAGUUGAUUUAGAGAUAGAGAAAAUAAUUAGAAAGAAAUCCCUUGAGAAGGAUAAGAAAAUGUCUGUCGGAAACAGUGUUCAAAGUUUUGUUGCUGCUAAUGUUUGUAAUUUAGAAUCCUCAUUCAUUGUCAAAGAAAAUUUCUCAAACCAGAUAUCUCCAACUGACACUGAAAGUACUUUCACUAAAGAUGAUAUUAAUGAUUGUUCCAUUCUAACAGAAGCAGAUAUAAACAUUGCGAAUUCGAAGGAUACUGUUGAAGAUGAAAUAGGUGUAGAAGUAUCCCAAACAAAUAGUACAAAAUUUGACUUGGCUACAUCUGAUGCUGAUACAAAUGAGAACAGCACUGCAGGAGAUACUGAACAAUUGACUAUUAAUAAUAAUGAUCAUUCUAUUGAACCCUGUGAUAGUAAUGACAGUGAAAAUAGAUUCUCCACAGCUCAAACAAGACGUAUCUCAGAAAGGGAUUCUGCUAACCAUAGUCCAGUAGAUCCAAUGCUAGCCAGUCCAUCAAUGUGUCACUUCUCAGAUAACCAUAGUGAGGGUUCAAGUGACAGUGGAAAAGGAUGCUCAGAAGCUGCCAGUCCACCUCCAACAAACAUUAAUAUGGUUCCCUCUGAUACAGGGCUUAGGAUACAUCAAUUUAUUAUACCACAGACCCUGGUUGGUCUUCUAAUAGGAAAACAUGGUUGUUUUGUUACUCAAAUUAAAGUAAAAACUGGUGCAAGUGUUUAUGUGAGGAGACAUCCUGAUUCUGUUAAGCUAAAAAUAUGUGCAGUUGAAGGAACUCAGAGUGAGAUUGAAGCAGCAUUAGACUUGAUUAAAGAAAAAUUCCCUGAGAAGAGGUUUCCUAACUUCUCACUUCAAGAAAUUAGUGCUGAAUUAUAUCAAAGGCUGGCUCCUUUAGUACCAGAGUUCCUUCAAUUACAGCUUGUGGAAUCUGUGAACAAUGAUACCAUCAUGACGUGCUUGGUGAGCGCGGGGCACUUCUUCCUGCAGCAGCCAUUGCACCCCACCUUCCCCUCACUGCAUGCUUUGCACCGCCUGAUGGCUGCUACAUACCAGAACCCGGACGUGCCAGCACUUCCACGUCCAGUAAAAGAAGGGUCUAUAUGCGCCGCGCCUACAGAAAACAACUGGUACCGCGCGCAAGUGAUAUCUACCUCGGAGGAGAAUGACACGUCUGUCGUGAAGCUGGUCGACUUUGGCGGCUAUUUGACAGUCGACAAUGACCAGCUGAAGCAGAUCCGUUCAGAUUUCAUGACACUGCCCUUCCAGGCAACAGAAGCCCUUCUGGCCUUCGUGAAACCCGCUAACAAUGAGCCGGAGUGGAGCGGCGAGGCACUCCGCAUCAUGGCCGGUCUGAGCGCGGGGCAGCUGCUGCACGCGCAGGUGGCCGGCUACGACGAGGCAGGCCUGCCGCUCGUACAUCUCUACCUCACUCUGCAUCCACAGCAAGUGAUAUUCCUAAAUCGAGAGCUAGUGGAGCGCGGCUUGGCCGAGUGGGACAUUCCCGCAGACUCGUGAACGCCGGCACCACUACUUCCACGCUAUUACCUUAUUGACUAGUUAUAUGGGAUUGCAUUUCUAUUGACGCAUAAUUUUGUACAUAAUUUGGAUUUCACUAAGGUACUGAACGCUCCAGUGAAACUUCGAGUGGCCGCUCACUUGCGUUUAGUUUGUAUGAGUUGUCCUUUGUAAGCUUUUAAAUUGAUAAAUGAUUUAGUUCAUGUUUCUCAUUUCAGUUUUGUUAUACGAACAUUUAAAAAUUAAUUAUUAGCUAAUAUUAAUAUUGGACUCGUUUAUGUAUAAGUAGUAAAUUGAAACGGUAAUAGGAAUAUGUACCGUGGUACAUGCGUUUACAGCAAAACUAAGUUUUAAAGCUCCUAUUCGUUUGUAACUUACUAUUGAUACUCGUUUUUUCUAAGCUCCCACAACAGGAACGUUUGAAUUACAAUACGCUUAUCCUAAUGAUACGAUAAUGUAGAUUACGCCGUUUACCGCAGAAUGGUUGUAAUUAUAAGUAACUUUUUUUUAUUUGGACUCUGGUAGUCCCCUUUAAUCUACUGUCAUUUUAUGGCGAUUAUAAAUUAAUAGUGUAUAAUAGGUUUAAAGAGAUUCAGGAUACGCUCAUUAUAAUUAAAUUGUAACAGUGCCUUGUGCAUUGCGUUGUUUUAUAAGGCACUAGAUAAAAUUGUGAAUCUGGUUUUAAUUUUAUAAAUUCACAUAAAACAUAAAUUACUUUGCUAAUUUGAUUUCCUACAAUUGUGCCAAAUCUUUCAUAUGUUUUAAUAUAUCUGUUUUUAUUUCGCAUAAUUACGAUAUUGAAAUUAUCGUACGUGUGUAUAAUUAAAGGCAGUGAUUGCCUUUCAAAAUGUGCCUUUGUUAGAGGUUUCUUUUCUACAUCGUUUCGAACCUCUCCAUGAUUAUGUAAAAUAUUAUUUGUCACAAAAGACGUUAAUUAUCACUAUAAUGUUUGCUCUAAUCUACAUCAUUGUUUGAAUACAUUGAUUGUGACAAAAGUAUUUUACUUAUAUGACCCAGUUGGAGCUAUACCAGUGAAUAUUUUAACGCUGUGAAUGACUGAACCUGUAUGAUAGUAAUAAUAUUGUAAAAUAAUUGGUGUAUAAAAGUACAAUAAGACAUGUGAUUGGUUUGUAAAAAUUAAAUAAUAAUGUGUGAUUUUCUAUUUUUUUUUUAUCAUGUGACACUAUAAGGUGGCUAAUAAUAUAACAAAAUAAAUCACUGUGAACUAUCCCUUACAUUUUCUUCUUAGCUUUUUCAUUACUGCUAUAAACAUUUCCAGCUCGAACAAAAAUAAUAAUCUGCUGAGCAUUUAGCCACCUCUAUAAACGUGUAGCCCCCAUCAGUCGGUCGUGUACUUCAAUAUAUUUUCUUUCAGAUGGCACAUAAUUUUAUGUAUGCAGUUCGCAUCAGCACUGAAGUGAUAUAAAACAUUAAAAUUGUAUGUCAUAAUGAGCACUUUAGUUAUCCUGACUUAAAUAGUAUAAUAGAAUCGAGUGUGUAAGUAGUUUUUUAAAGCAAUAUUCAGUGUUCUUUUAGAAAAUUCAGUAUUUGUAUUAUGUUGAAAAAUUAAGUGUUUGUUCUUAGAGAUAUUUUUUUUGUAUGCGUAUUGUGUAGUGAAAUUGGCAAGCUUAUGGGGAAGCUUAGUGUGACGUUUCGUCAUAGUUAUUUUUACAACGUUGAGUCGCGAUUUAGAUAAUAUUAAGUACCAAGCAAGUGUUAUUUAUAAAUUUCACGUGUUUUAAUAGUUGGUAUGUUUUGGAUAAAUCGGUUAGUAUACUGAUUAAAUAGAUACAAAUAGCUGGCUCUCCGUUUGCAUUUUGUUGACGUCCCUAUUGUAAAUAAACUAAUAUAUUUGCGGUUAAAUCAAUAAAUUAUCGUUUAAAAAUUA